UAACUCUACUUGUCGGCAGUGCAGAAUUUUUUUUGUGAUUCGUGGAAAAUAUUGCAAAAAAUAAAUUUGAAAUAAAGAAAUAGUUGCACAGCGAAAACAAGUUAGCAGACAAAGCAAAGCGAAGCAACCUUUGACUCCGGCUUUAUUUCAGCCGGUGGCGCGAAAAGUACACAUUGCGCGCGUGCGUUGGCCAAGCAUCGAUUUUUCCGCAACUGCAGAGUGCAGUAAUUACUGCGAAUACAACAAACUAGUAGCAGGCACUUCAACAUUCAGCUGAAUUGACAGGACAGUUCGAUUGGAUAUUCGAUUGGAAGCACUGGACAUUUCAUAUAAUUCGAUAUAAUAAUGGGUGCUUAUCUGACGCAUCCUAAAACCGAGAAAGCGUCCACAGAUGAAUUCAACGAGCUGCUCGUCGUGGGUGCCAGCUCGAUGCAGGGUUGGCGCAACAGUCAAGAGGACGCACACAACGCGAUACUAAAUUUUGAUAAUAACACAUCGUUUUUCGCCGUUUACGAUGGUCACGGCGGAGCCGAAGUGGCCCAAUACUGCGCUGAUAAAUUGCCGGAGUUCCUUAAAAGUCUGGAGGCUUAUAAAAGCGGUGAGUUGGAGCAAGCGCUCAAGGAUGCGUUCCUGGGCUUCGACAAGACUCUGCUUGAGCCCGCAGUGGUCAACACAUUAAAGAUUCUGGCUGGCGAACACAACAUUGUCGACGAAGACGCCGAAGGAUAUGAAGAGGAAGACGAUGAAGAAGAUCUUGCCGAGUUGCACGAAGAGAGUCAUUUGCCAUUGAACGAGGUCCUGGAGAAAUACAAAGGUCUCCCGCAGACUCACGACUUGUCCCUGCUCAAGUCUGAUUCAGCUGCUGCCAAGCUGAUGUCCACUUGCCUGCGUGGCCGUCGUGCUGCUGCUGUUGCUGCCGAGGCGGUCAAUAAAGCCGUAAUGGAUCCAACAGCCAAACCAGCCGGCUCCUCCACCUCAGCCGCAGCUGCUGCGGCCGCUGCAGCUAUCAGUGAGACCGACGGAGCAGGUCCCAGCUGUUCGAAGGGCGGCAAACUGGAUCAGGAAGAUGAGUCCACAGUGAGCAGCAGCAGUUCAAGUGCUAGCAAGGGCAACACUUCCACGACUGCCAGUACUUCUCCUAAGGACGAAUGCGUUACCGGCCAAGCUUCUACCAGCAAUAACGUUGCAGUUGCACCUACUGAGCAGAAUGGUAAUGUCACCUCUUCAGAGGCCAAGGCCGUUGUCAAGACUGGCGAAGAGACUGCCACUACAUCGGAGGACGCCACCGUAUCCGGCUCCAGCGACAUUGCAGAUGCUAAGUCCAAUGGCAGCAUUGAAAAGUCGGCAACUAGCAAAGCAGAGCCCGCUGAUAUUUCAUCAACUAGCAAAGAAUCGGAAAAGGUUCUGAAGAAGGCUACCACUGCACAAGACGAUGACUCGACUGACGACGAUGCCGACUAUGAUGAGAAAGCUGUAGUUAAAGCCCUAGACAUCGCAUCGCCUGACAGUUCUUCUGAUGAGGACAUGGAAGAUGACGAUGAUGGCCUCGAUGAUGAAGACGACGACGAUGACGAUGAUGAGGACGAUGAAGACGAAAAUGCCAGUGAAGAAGAUGACGCCGAUGAGGAUCAACUGGCAAAUGAUCAGUUUUGCGCCAAUAUGAUAGAAGAGCCUGGCAAAGAUAGUGGAUGUACUGCCGUUGUCUGCCUCCUGCACGGCCGUGACUUGUACGUGGCGAACGCUGGAGAUUCCCGAUGUGUUAUUUCACGUAAUGGAAAGGCUAUCGAAAUGAGUCUGGAUCACAAGCCCGAAGACGAUGAGGAGUCGACGCGCAUUGUCAAGGCUGGAGGUCGUGUCACCCUCGAUGGACGCGUUAACGGUGGAUUAAAUUUGUCCAGGGCUUUGGGUGACCACGCAUACAAAACGAACCUUGAGUUAUCAGCUGAAGCACAGAUGAUUUCCGCUCUGCCGGACGUCAAGAAACUCAUCAUUACACCAGAGGAUGACUUUAUGGUUCUGGCCUGCGAUGGUAUUUGGAAUUACAUGUCUAGCGAUGAGGUUGUCGAUUUCGUGCGUCUCCGCUUGAAGGAUGAAAGCAAGAAACUAUCUCAAGUUUGUGAGGAACUAUUCGAUAAUUGUUUGGCACCGAACACAAUGGGCGAUGGCACUGGAUGCGACAAUAUGACAGCCGUGAUUGUGAAAUUCGAGCAAAAACUUCAAGAACUGCCAGCCACAAUUGAUCCCACUAAAACGGAAGAUGCACUCCUUGCAGCUGCUCAGCUAAAGAAGAAAUCAGCCAACGUAUCUGCUGAACAAAUUGCUCUCAAGCGAAGCGCUUCUCCGGAUACGCCUACCGACGAGGCCGAUGAUUGUGCGGAGAACACCAGCAAAUCGAAGCGAGUGAAGAUUGAGAGUCAAUCAUUGGAGUCUCUGGACGGAAAAGAAAAGAAUUCCACCGAUGUUAUAAGUAACACUCCAGCUUCAGUUGAUGAUCAGAAGGAAAGUGUAGUCGUCUCAUCUACGUAAAUUCAUAUAUUGAAACAACACGACGGUGGCAAGUGCUUCGGCAUUUUGAACAUUUUUCUGAUCAUUAUUUCAAAUCGGGCUCUUAGAGCUAACAAAUAAAAUCGAAAAGAAAUUUUCAAAUCAUUUAAUACCAGGCCAGUUUAUACUAAAUACAUAACGAAUAUUCAUUUUGUACACAUAGAUUUUUUUAAUUCAUAAAUAUAUUUUUUUUAUAAUUGGAUCUUUUUUUAAAUUUUAUUUAGUUCAUUAUUCCCUGGUUUUUAUAAUCAACAACAAGAUCAUCGUCAAACUGUACAACAUAUUCAUACACGUACAAAAAUAUUAUACAUAUAUACUUUAUUUUAUAUUUUAUUCAAUGAAUGCAAACGAAAAAUGUUUUCAUACUCGUAUAUUUAAAAUUAUUUGUAUAAUGUGACGAGUAAAUAAAUAAAACCCAGAAAGAACGAGCAUUUCUAUCGACCAUAGCAUUUAAAAAAUCAAGUGAAUAAUGUAUCUGUGGAAUACAUUAAUUAAAUAUUUUUAUUAAUGAGAAAUGGCCUGAUUUUGGUAGAAUAACAUUUGCUUAACGAAUAAUAAAUACAUGAAAAUACACA